UUUUAUAUAUAUAAAAAAACAGAGCAUCACACUCUGCCCACCUGAACCUUCUUCUGAUCUUUCGUAUUUCAUGUUUUUGUAUAUAAAAUUAUUUCAGAAUGAUACAAUCCCAAAUGGUCAAUUAGUGCUGUUAAUCUUCCCCACAACUCACGACUAAGUCUUGUUUUUCUUCUUCUUCUUUUAUUUAUUUUGUUUUUUUCUUUUUUGUUCCCUUCAAUCAUGGCCUAUUAGUGCUCAUAGUCCUCCUCACGAUCAAUCCUCAUUCUCUUUUUCUCUCCUUUCUCAUUUUCUUCUCCAUUCUCAAUGGCCCAACAACUUUCUACUUUCAAGUUUUAGCUUUUUGUGAAGUGGGUUUCGUUUGUUUUUGGCUAAGGAGUUGUUGGAUAUAACUUAAGAACUUCCUAUUGAGUUUGGUUAUGGCAUCGAAGUCGUUCAAACCGAUCCGAUCGAAUUUGUCAACAGCUUCCGAUGCAUCUGAAGCACAGAAGCCUCCACUUCCACCUACAGUGACAUUCGGACGAAGAACAUCGUCGGGUCGGUAUAUUAGCUACUCAAGAGAUGAUCUUGAUAGUGAGCUUGGGAGUGGUGAUUUCAUGAACUACACUGUACACAUUCCUCCAACACCUGAUAAUCAACCAAUGGAUCCUUCAAUUUCACAGAAGGUCGAAGAGCAAUAUGUAUCGAAUUCGCUAUUUACCGGGGGGUUUAACAGCGUGACCCGGGCUCAUUUGAUGGACAAAGUGAUUGAAUCUGAAGCAAUACAUCCACAAAUGGCUGGUACAAAAGGAUCUAGAUGUGCUAUACCUGGCUGUGAUGCAAAGGUUAUGAGUGAUGAACGUGGAAAUGACAUUCUCCCAUGUGAAUGUGAUUUCAAGAUAUGUCGAGAUUGUUACGUCGAUGCAGUUAAAACUGGAGGUGGAAUUUGCCCCGGUUGUAAAGAACCGUAUAAGAACACGGAUCUAGAUGAAGUUGCUGUUGAACAUGGAAGACCUCUUACACUUCCUCCACCAGCUACAAUGUCAAAAAUGGAGAGAAGAUUGUCAUUGAUGAAGUCUACUAAAUCUGCAUUAAUGAGAAGUCAAACUGGGGUUGGAGAAUUUGAUCACAAUAGAUGGUUGUUUGAGACUAGGGGAACUUAUGGAUAUGGGAAUGCUAUAUGGCCGAAGGACGAGGGAUUCGAAAAUGGAAACAGUGACGAAGUUGAGCCUAUGGAAUUCAUGAAUAAACCGUGGCGACCCCUUACACGAAAACUGAAAAUUCCUGCUGCUGUUUUGAGUCCAUAUAGGCUUUUGAUCGCAGUUCGGAUGGUUGUUCUCGGAUUCUUCUUGGCUUGGAGAGUGAGUCAUCCAAAUACUGAUGCAUAUUGGCUUUGGGCUAUGUCAGUGGUUUGUGAAAUUUGGUUUGCUUUUUCUUGGCUUCUGGAUCAACUACCAAAGUUGUGUCCUAUAAAUAGAGCUACUGAUCUUAAUGUGUUGAAGGAGAAAUUUGAAACGCCGAGUCCGAGUAAUCCUACUGGGAAAUCUGAUCUCCCAGGCAUAGAUAUCUUUGUAUCCACUGCAGAUCCUGAAAAAGAACCGCCUCUUGUAACUGCAAACACUAUCCUCUCCAUUUUAGCAGCUGACUACCCAGUUGAAAAGCUUGCUUGCUAUGUUUCUGAUGAUGGAGGUGCACUUUUAACUUUUGAAGCCAUGGCUGAAGCUGCAAGCUUUGCUAAUAUUUGGGUUCCAUUUUGUCGAAAGCAUGGCAUUGAACCCCGUAAUCCUGAGUCAUAUUUCAGUUUGAAAAGAGAUCCAUUCAAGAACAAAGUAAAGUCAGAUUUUGUCAAGGAUCGCAGACGUGUCAAGCGUGAGUAUGAUGAGUUCAAAGUUCGUAUAAAUGGACUUCCUGACUCUAUUCGCCGUCGCUCGGAUGCUUAUCAUGCAAGAGAGGAAAUCAAAGCGAUGAAGGUUCAAAGACAGAAUAUUGGUGCUGAUGAACCAAUAGAAAGUGUGAAGAUCCCUAAAGCAACAUGGAUGGCUGAUGGAACCCACUGGCCAGGGACUUGGUUGCAACCAUCAUCUGAGCACUCAAAGGGUGACCAUGCUGGUAUAAUCCAGGUGAUGUUGAAGCCACCUAGUGAUGAACCACUUCACGGAACAGUUGAAGAUGAGAAGCUUCUUGACCUUUCUGAGGUUGAUAUUCGUCUUCCUUUGCUUGUUUAUGUUUCUCGAGAGAAACGACCGGGGUAUGAUCACAACAAGAAGGCUGGAGCCAUGAAUGCUCUUGUUCGAGCGUCAGCUAUCAUGUCCAAUGGUCCCUUCAUUCUCAACCUUGAUUGUGACCACUAUAUCUACAACUCUCAAGCAAUGAGAGAAGGAAUGUGCUUCAUGAUGGAUCGUGGUGGUGAUCGACUUUGCUAUGUGCAGUUCCCACAAAGAUUUGAGGGGAUUGAUCCUUCCGAUCGAUAUGCGAAUCACAACACUGUGUUCUUUGAUGUUAAUAUGCGAGCUCUUGAUGGACUUCAGGGACCAGUUUACGUGGGAACAGGAUGCCUGUUUAGGAGGGUUGCCCUUUAUGGAUUUGAUCCACCUCGUUCGAAAGAGCAUCAGGCUGGUUUUUGUAGCUGCUGCUGCGGGGGGCAACGAAAGAAGCAUACAUCAGUUGCAAGCAGCCCUGAAGAGAGCAGAGCUUUGAGAAUGGGUGAUUCUGAUGAUGAGGAAAUGAAUCUGUCUUUGUUCCCUAAAAGAUUUGGUAACUCAACAUUCCUUAUUGAUUCAAUCCCAGUUGCUGAGUAUCAAGGGCGGCCGUUAGCAGAUCAUCCAGCCAUAAAAAACGGACGCCCACCAGGUGCUCUUACAAUCCCUCGUGAUCUCCUUGAUGCUUCAACAGUGGCAGAGGCAAUUAGUGUGAUUUCUUGUUGGUACGAAGAUAAAACUGAAUGGGGUAACCGUGUCGGGUGGAUUUAUGGAUCUGUUACCGAAGAUGUGGUCACUGGAUAUAGGAUGCAUAAUAGAGGUUGGAAAUCAGUUUACUGUGUAACGAAACGAGAUGCUUUCCGUGGCACAGCUCCGAUCAACCUCACUGAUAGGCUUCAUCAAGUGCUUCGAUGGGCUACAGGAUCGGUCGAAAUUUUCUUCUCCCGGAACAAUGCCUUCCUUGCUAGUCCAAAAAUGAAGGUUUUACAAAGAAUAGCAUACUUAAACGUUGGAAUCUACCCUUUCACUUCAAUCUUCCUCAUUGUCUACUGCUUUCUACCAGCCCUUUCCCUCUUCUCUGGCCAGUUCAUCGUCCAAACGCUUAAUGUCACAUUUCUUACGUACCUUCUAAUCAUUACCCUCACAUUGUGUAUGCUUGCGGUGCUUGAGAUCCGAUGGUCUGGUAUUGAAUUAGAAGAGUGGUGGAGGAACGAACAAUUCUGGCUGAUUGGUGGUACAAGUGCUCAUCUGGCUGCUGUUCUUCAAGGUCUACUAAAAGUUGUUGCUGGCAUUGAAAUUUCAUUUACCUUGACAUCGAAAUCCGCUGGUGACGACGUAGAUGACGAGUUUGCUGAUCUCUACAUUGUCAAAUGGACAUCUCUAAUGAUACCACCAAUCACCAUCAUGAUCACAAACUUAAUUGCAAUAGCAGUCGGGUUUAGCCGAACAAUAUAUAGUGUUAUACCGCAAUGGAGCCGGUUGAUCGGAGGCGUUUUCUUCAGUUUUUGGGUACUGGCUCAUCUCUACCCUUUUGCUAAAGGGCUGAUGGGAAGAAGAGGAAGGACUCCUACCAUUGUUUUUGUGUGGUCAGGUCUCAUUGCUAUCACCAUUUCUCUUCUUUGGGUAGCCAUUAGUCCUCCAGCAGGAACUAAUCAAAUUGGAGGUUCUUUCACAUUCCCUUAAAACAUACAAAUCCAAUUCAUUUCUUUUUUAUUUUUCUCACUCAAAAUUCUUUUCUGUUCAAUUCUUUCACUUUAAUUCUCUCAUAAAUUGUACUUAGAUUAGCUACACAUAUAUUCCUUUUGUAAUUUCUUGAGAAUUCACUAUCAAAUUUUAUAUACUCAACCCCCUUUUUUUU